AUGUACGACUGCAACGAGCUUUUUGACGACAUGGACGUGAAGCAUCAAGCCCCUGUUGCCAAUGGUGAGGUCAAUAUUUACUGGGAAAACAAUACGGUGGAAUCCUCCCAGAAUGGCGCACAUCUGGCUGUUGAUGGCGGACAAUCAGACGGCAGCGAAGGCAGCUUCGACGACACAGACUAUAACGGCUCCCCGGGUGCAACGCAGGUGAUUCAGUCUGUGGAGGAUGGUAUCCACUCUGGCGUGCCUUUUGGUGAGGGCUUGAAACGGCUGGAAGAGGAAGCAGCGCCGCAUCAUCAUCCUAUCGAUUAUGCUACGUCGUCCUUUGGCGGCAGCUCCAAUUCUCCACGCGGACUGUUUACUCAAACCUCAGCGAACCUUCCACUCUACGAGGGAAACCAACGCUUCACAACCACACGGGGCCACAAUGGUCAUAUUGCAAUUCACCCUGUCUAUCCUCACAAUUCUGCAUUUACAGCUCAUCCGCAUGGCAUGGGACAUGCCUAUUCCAAUGAGCGACUGAGUAGUAGUUCGGAUAAUACCAACUUUCUCAUCCCUGACAAAUCGGAAAUCACACCAGAUCCUCGCCCCUCUUCUCAUCCCAUUAAUGACGAGGAUUCGAAUUCCAAUGGCUCCCGCAAUGAAAGCCCCGCCGGCUCUACCGGUCGUCGCAAGAAACCGAUCGUCAUCAAAACAAACUACGCAUCUGCCACUCCCCCUGAUAUGAGUGCAAGACUAGCUGUGUCGACAAGCAGUGAAUCCUCGGCUGACGACGGUUGUGAGACUGACGAGGAAGAUAUGCCGUACCUCACUUUCGUCGAUCCGGUCGUUCCUGAUUUUGUGCCAAAGAUGUCAGACCUCUUGAAUGUGAAGUAUAGCAAUGCCGACCAGAACACGAUCUUUGAGACUGCCGAAGCUGCUAAUCGACUUACUGGCGGUGGCAACGUUCCUAAAGACAACACACUCCCUCGCACCCAAGCGCAGCGAAGGGCUUUCGUCAAGGCCGUGUUCAACGCGGUGAAGAGCACUGAGCAUGCGGAGGAUAAUCCGGGCAUGAUCAGGCCGUUCGCGGAAGGCAAAUACUCGGAUCGUCGAAUUGAGGUUUUGGCCUGGAACAUUUUGCAUACUUGCGUUGUCCGCCAUACGACCGGUGCUUUGUUGGCGCCGUUCGAGGUGAAGAAGAAGGGUACCACCGAAUUGGCCACUUUCGCUGACCGCAUGGCGAAGGUCAUUGAAUGCCUUACUACCCAGAAAACGAUUUGCAAACACUUGCUCGACCCUUACUAUCUGUUCCAGUUUGUCGACGAUCCGGUCGCCUCUCAGAAGCGUGUCCUUGCGAACAAGAACCUUAACAAACGCAAAGGCGAUAUCAUGAAUGCUGGCAAGCGUAUUAUGAGCAAAUCCAGCAUUGCCGGCUCGCCACAGAGCAAAAUCGACGAUUCUUUUGCCAGUGAAACACCGUCGAGCUUCGGACUUCCCCAUGAAAUGACUCCCUCCAGCAGUCAGGAAGUAAACGAUUCAGAGCAGACCAUCACCCCCGACGGAACCAUCAAUGAAAUCAUUAUGGCACGCAACUUCAACACGGCCUCUCCUGCGGCUCGUCGCGCCUCGCUCAACCUGGGACCGGGUGGUAAUAUCACUCCUCAUCACAUGCCCCGCAAUACUCAACAGUCGUCUCCAUCUCCCGCUCCCAAGAGUGGCGCCGCUGCAGCUCAUAUUCGCAGGUUUCAUGAACGUCGUUUGUCCAACCUCGCGGCUCAGCGUCGGGCUCAGAACGCCCGUACCCCAAGUCACUCUCGUAACAACUCGAUCGAUGGCUCUCUGACCACUAGCUUCUAUGCUCCCGAACAGCACCAUUUUACAGUUGGAAGUACGCCAGGAAGGCUCAGAUCUGAAUCUACGAGUACGACUGCCAGUCACAAGCGUCGCGCUUCUGAAGUGGACGAUAUCGAAGAAAUCGCGUCUCCGAAGAAGCGGCAUUGA